GGUCUUAUCUUUGACAAGAGUGGUUUCAAGAAACCACUUCCUGGUUGGUUUGAAGAAACCACCGUCUCCUUCCCUUGAAAAGCGGUUUUUUUUGGGGGGAUUCUGUCCGAAAUUAGGGUUAGGGAUUUGACGAGAUCUACACGAAAUUUGGGAGUUAUUGACCUCUCUCAUCAGUCAUCUCUUAUUAUUACUGUGGACUUGGGAUCUCAACAGAAACUCAAGUUUUUAAAGGAACUCAUUCAUCAAAGAAUUUUGCAAAUAUCGACAUCUCACAGCUGUAUAUAUUCACGUUUUUGCCGUGUAUAGAUUACUCAAGGAGAAAUGAUUAGGCUUUCAUCUUUUCAUCACCAUCGAAGCUAGUUUGUUUUUUCUCUGCUACUUGUUAAAUCUUGGUGCCACUUAUUUUUGCUUUAAUGGGGACAGAGUGUAUAGGUGGUCGGCUAGAUGAAACUGACAUCUUCCCGCCAGUCCCCCCUGGUUUUGAGUCACUUGCAACAUUCACCUUGGAGAAGGUUCAAGGAAAUGCAUCAGGGGUUCAAGAAAAUGCAUCAGGGGUUCAAGAAAACGCAUCAAGGGCAUUGCCUGGCUUUGAGUCUCAAUGUAUUUCUAAUUCUAUACAGGCUUCCGCAGAUUCUGAGGAAAGCACAAGCGAUGAGGGAAGGUUGAAAAAGUCACUUCGGCAUAGACCAUGGGUAAACUACAGCGCGUUUUAUAGUAGCUCAGAAGAUGAAGACUCAGAUAUUGAGUUGAUUGAGCCAGAUACUCCAGCAAUAAAAGAUCUACCAAAAGGGGUAAUUCGUGGUUGUUUGGAAUGUGCAAACUGUCAAAAGGUAACAGCACGCUGGCAUCCAGAAGAUGCUUGCAGGCCUGUCCUUGAUGAAGCACCUGUUUUUUAUCCAACUGAAGAGGAGUUUAAAGACACUUUACAAUUCAUUGCAAGUAUUCGCCCGAUGGCCGAACCAUAUGGUAUCUGCCGUAUCGUUCCUCCUCCAUCUUGGAGCCCACCGUGCCCUCUUAAAGAAGAGGAUGUGUGGGACAAUUCAAAAUUUACCACUCGCAUUCAAAAAGUGCACAAGCUUCAGAACCGUGUUUCUUUCAAGACAAUGAGUAAAAGUCUUAGCUUGACGAAAAGGAAAAGGAGAAAAAUGUUGAAGACUGGGACAGAAUGCCGAAAGAAUGUUGAAGACUGCGAUAUCCAAACAAAUGUAUCUGGAUGUCUCAAUAACACCGAGAGGUUCGGAUUUGAAACUGGUCCAGACUUCACCUUGAAGUCUUUCCAGAACUAUGCAAAUGACUUCAAGGAGCAAUACUUUCGGGCAAAAGAUGGUACACAUUUAGUGUCUGAACAGUCCGAUCUGUUACCUGAGAAGAUUGAAGGUGAAUAUUGGCGGAUUGUUGAACAUCCAACUGAAGAAAUUGAGGUCCUCUAUGGUGCUGAUUUGGAAACUGGAGAUUUCGGAAGUGGCUUUCCUAAAGCAUCAUCUGUUGGUGCUGAUUUAGAGGAUCAAUAUGUGAAAUCUGGUUGGAACUUGAACAACUUCCCUCGUCUUCCAGGUUCUGUUCUUGCAUUUGAAAGUGGAGAGAUUUCUGGUGUCCUAGUGCCUUGGUUGUAUAUAGGAAUGUGCUUCUCAUCAUUUUGUUGGCAUGUAGAAGACCAUCAUCUUUAUUCACUUAAUUACCUACACUGGGGAGCACCAAAAAUGUGGUAUGGGGUCCCAGGAAAAGAUUCUUUAAAGUUGGAAGCUUCUAUGAAGAAACAUCUAGCAGAUCUAUUUGCAGAACAGCCUGAUUUGCUUCAUAAUCUUGUCACUCAAUUUUCACCAUCAUUGCUAAAAAGAGAGGGUGUGCCUGUUUAUCGCUGUGUGCAGAGUGCAGGGGAGUUUGUUUUGACAUUUCCCCGAGCUUAUCAUUCAGGUUUCAAUUGUGGAUUCAAUUGUGCUGAGGCUGUGAAUGUAGCUCCCUUAGAUUGGCUGCCUCACGGUCAGAAUGCUGUAGAGCUUUACCGUGAACAGGUUCGCAAGAUUUCUAUUUCUCAUGACAAGCUACUAUUGGGAGCUGCAAAAGAAGCAGUUAGAGCACAAUGGAAUAUUUCAUUUCUUGGAAAGAAUACUAAUGACAAUUUAAGAUGGAAAGAGGCAUGUGGAGCUGGCAAAAUCCUAACCAUGUCACUUAAGAGUCGUGUUGAAAUGGAACGAGCAAGAAGAGAAAUUCUUGGUUCUUUACAAUCAAGGAAAAUGGAUGCCAGUUUUGAUGUUAACUGUGAAAGAGAGUGCGUUGUGUGUCAUUAUGAUUUGCACCUUUCUGCGGUUGGUUGCAUUUGUUCUCCCGAUAAAUUUGCAUGCUUGAUUCAUGCGAAAGAGCUGUGUUCUUGUGAGUGGAGCACACGGAUUUUCCUUUUUCGAUAUGAGAUCAGUGACUUGAACUCACUAGUGGAUGCUUUAGGAGGAAAGUUGAGUGCAGUACACAGAUGGGGCCUUUCACAUCUUGGACUUAAAUUGAGUUCUGUAGUCAGAGAGAAAACAUCAGAAUCCAAAACGUCUCAAGAAAAAACCCCAGAAUCCAAGCUAUCCUGCGAGAAGUCACCAGAAUCCAAGCCAUUUCGAGAGAAAACCCCAGAAUCCAAGCUGUCCUCCGAGAAAACACCAGAACCCAAGCUAUCCCGAGAGGUAACACCAGAGCCCAAGCAGUCUCCGAGUAGGUUAACUUUGUUUGAAAAUACAUUUCAGAAGGAUAAGGGACCACCAUGUCACAGUAAUCUUGGCGGUGGUUCUAAAAGCAUUUGUUCAUCACAGGAAACCAAGGCAUCCAUCCUGCAAAAAUCUUCCUUCAGAGGUCAAACAGAUAACAAUGUGCUUGAUAGAAAGAAAAAUAUGGCGACUCAUGAGGCUGUCUUAAUAAUAGAUGUUGAUGAACAUGAGAGACCAGUAUCGCUGCCUUCACAUAAAGUAAAGGAAGAAACCGCUGAGAAUUCAGAAACUUUAGCUAGGCUCAAGUCCAUUGAUAAAGUAAUUACCUGCAAUUCACAACUGGAGCGAGUUCUUGUACCACCUGAGACUAACGCAGCUGAUAUUAGUGAAAAUGACAACAAUUUGCAACAUGCAGUUGAAAAAUCUAGCAGUGAAGAAGACUCUAACAAGAAUCCAUCUCAUUCUAAUCGCAAUGUGACAGAUGGAGAAGCCUUGGUUACAGUAAGGCCAUCUUAUCCACCAAGUAUUGAAAGAAAUAUCCGCACACAAAGGGGCCCUCGAGUGGCGAAGGUGGUGAGGAGAAUUAACUGUACUGUUGAGCCCUUGGAAUAUGGUGUUGUCUCAUCAUCAAAGUUGUGGUCGACUAGUCAGGCUAUUUUCCCCAAAGGAUAUAGGAGUCGAGUUAGGUACUUCAGUGUACUAGAUCCAACACAGAUGUGUUAUUAUGUAUCUGAAAUUUUGGAUGCUGGACUGCUCGGACCUCUAUUUAUGGUUAAGGUCGAGAAAUGCCCGAGUGAAGUGUUCAUUCAUGUAUCUGCUACCAAAUGCUGGGAUAUGGUCAGGGAAACGGUGAAUAAGGAAAUUAGGAGGCAUCACGAGUUAGGUAAAGUUAAUGUCCCUACGUUACAGCCUCCAGGGUCCCUUGAUGGUCUUGAAAUGUUUGGUUUAACUUCACCAACAAUUCAUUCAGGCAAUUGAAGCAAUGGAUCGACAUCAUUGCUGUACAGAGUACUGGAGGUCUCGACCACAACCACCGCCCACAAUAGCUUCACCCGUGGAUCACCAGCUUGGAGCAGAUUCGGUAGUUAUAAGAGGACUGCUUAAAAAGGCCAACCCAGAAGAGCUUAGGACCUUGCAUAGGCUGCUGAGCAGUGGAGAUCCCAACUGUAACAAACAGCUUGUUGGUCUCCUUGAAGAUGAGAUUCAGAAGAACUUUUAGGUGGAAAUGUGGGUUCUCUGUACGAGUUUUAAAUUAGGGGCGUGCUCCCAAAUUUUUGUUGCCGCUUCUGGUGCCCGCAUUUUUUCCGGCGUUGGGUUGGGAGUACCUGGCUCGAUGGUAGUAGAACUGGUCUGGCGGCAACAGAGAUGGUAUCUAUGUACGAAAUUUAUUCUUUUUAUUUUAAUAAUAGUCAUAAAUAUUCAACCUGCACAUAUAUAAACAUCAUUGUAGACACAUGCGAGGGUCCAAAUCGCCUCUAACGCAAUAACAUUUUUUAUGGUUUUUCGGGGCUUCUCAACGGAUAGUAAAUGUACCGGAGUUUCGGAAUAUAUUGUUAUCAGGUUUUCCUCUGUUUUC